AUGCCUGGCACAUACCGCAACUCCAGAAGAAAGCUCGGCCCUCCUCCCCCACAGACCGCGAAGGUACAAGAGCUGGCUGUUCAGGGACAAGCAAACAAUGACAGCAACUCGAACAUCGAGCAGCGAAUACUAGACCGCAUCAAGAAAUGUCUCCAACGAGCUAAGCAUCCAAACACCCCAGAGUCGGAAGCCCAAGCUGCAUGGCGUAUGGCAAGCCGCUUAAUGGCUCAAUACAACGUCACACAGGCCGAUCUUCUGGAUCGGACUACUAACGAUGACGACUACGCAGCGCUAGGAGGGCAGUCGGUGGUGGAUAUCACGAGCACUAAAGGUAGUGGAGCAAGAGUCAUCUCCCAAACUUGGGUUCACGACGUUGCCAUCGCGAUGACUAUCUUCUUCGACUGCCAGACUUAUUCCACGCGUCGUCUGGCUUCAGUUGAAUGGACCUUUUACGGGAUUGCUGCAAACACGGUCGCCGCAGCAAUGGCCUUCGAAAUGGCUCAUAAUCUGACGCUUGAAUGGUCUAGGAGCAAGACUGGCAAGAACGCCAAACACAGUUAUUGCCUAGGCGUUGGUACAGGCCUGGUGAAGAUUGCUCGAAAGGAGAAGAGAGAAGAGAAAAACCGGGCGGAAAAGAUGGAAGGACGACGUGAGCAAGAGGAACACAAUCGCCAUCCUGUAGACGACCACCAUGAUGAUCAGAACACAGGCUCACGACCAUUGCUAAAAGCUCUAAUCUCACCAUGCCCUGAGAACGACGAGAAGCCGGCAAUCAAGCUGGAGGAUAGUGACGAUGAUUCCUUCAAUGACGUAAGAGAGCAGGGAAACAUUAGUGACAUCGAAGAUCAGGUAGUCUUUAAGGAUGGGGAGGAGAAACCUACUAUCAAGCUGGGGGAUGGUGAACACGAGAAUCUGGCAAGCCCAGAAGAUCAAGGAUACGUCAGUGACGAGGAUGAAGCUGAGGCUGAAGUGACUUUUAAGGAACAGGAGGAGAAGCCACUUGAUCUGGACGCCGACUUUGAAGAACAACUUCGCGAGAUGGUCCCUGGUCCUGCUCCAGCAACUUCUGCAACUGUGGUUGACCAUGACAGAGAAAGCCAGCUCACGGUCAAUCCCUGGAAUACAAGCCAGGCUCUGGUGCGAUUCCGUCAGUCUGCCGAGAAGGUUGCAAGCGAGUACUUGAAAGCGCAGAACAAGAAACUCCACAAGGACAGACGCCGAAAAUACACGGUCAGGAACAAGGAUGCGUAUCGAGAGGGACUUGAAGACAGCAAACAGAUUGACGUGAAGAGGAGAAGGAUCGGGGUGGCCUGA